CGGGUUUUUCCUUAACCGGUCAUGAAAUGAAAUUUGUUUUUUUCUGAUUCGUGAUGUCUCAGGACAUAGGUUUCAUGGUUUUGGAACGCAUUUCCAGAUUUGUCAUUCCUUCAUUUUACGGUGCUGAUAAAAGACUCAUUUUGCUCCUUUAAUACGAAUAAUAUGAAUAAAAAUAGACGUUCUUACAGUUGUCCGACCUUCGUUUCACAAACCAACAGGACGCUUAGACGGGAGGUUUCAAAUAACAAGCGUCUGCUCAAAAGGAUCCAAAGGCAUUACCACCGUCGGUUACCAAGACUUCUAGGAAAGCCAAUCAAGCUCAGUGAUUUAUUUGUGGCUGUAGUAUCCCGUGGAGGUUAUAAGACAGUGUGUGAUCGUAGGUGGUGGAUGGACGUAGCUCGGGAACUAAACUUACCUAAUGAUUGUGCCAAUGCAAGUGUUGGACUGAGAAGGAUCUAUUAUCAGUUCUUAAGUCAUUUUGAAUUCAAAGAAUAUCCUUCUCUCUCUGAACAGUUCCUAGUUCAGACGCUUGUUGAACCCGAUGCCAUUCCUGAAGACGUCACUUUACCACUUUCUUCCGUAGAGCGUAAUCUUGGGAUUGGGAUAUCGUAUAAUCACGCUCACAUAACCUCCGUCCAGUCAGCAGUCGACCUUUUUGAUCAAUCCCAUCGAUCUCGUUCGGUCCCCAUAUUUCAGGAUUAUGGUUAUGGUAAUAAAGAUAUUCAUGGAACCAGUCAAGAUAAUGAUACCUUAGAUACUAAUUCUAGUGCAGAUGAAUUUCCUGAUGUAUAUGAACCCUCACAACUACGUUUAGUGGAGUUAGCACUUUGUUCAGGUCUACCGAAUGAAAUAGAAGUUGCUUUAAACUCCCUUCUUGUUUUAUCAAUAACUCCGUCAUCUGGCGGUUCAUCGACUAGUGUUAGGCUUGCUCAUUGUACAAACUUAUUAUCCCUGCUUGUGGCAUCUGUUGGAAUAUACGGAGAAGGUUAUGGAUCUUAUAUCUCCUGUGAUGAAACUUGGGGACGUCAGAAUCAACUAAAUUUUCUCAAAUUUUGGUACAGUGUUGUUCGUGAACCAUCUGGUCGUAUUUUCCUUCGUCCUGAUGUUUUCAUUAAUACUGAGUACACUGUCGAUGAAAUUGGUACAAAUGCAGAAAAGGCUAUGCAUGAACUGUUUACUCCAUUUUCCAAUCAGUAUUAUGGAACUCAUUGGCCAAUGGAAGGUUUUGAAGGUUCACGUGUUCUGUUGAUUGCCACUAUUCUUGUCAACCUGGUAACUCCACCACCUGUUGCCUAUGCAUCAGUAAUUGAAGAUGAUGAUGAUGAACUUGAUUUUAAACCUAUUAUACCUUGUAAUCUUUUCCCAAAAGGAUUGCCUCUUGUAACUUGGCAAGAAAAUGCACGUAUUAUUGCAGGAAAUCCAAAUGCACUUCGUUUUAUAUUUCUUUGUGCUUAUGCACAUCACUCAGGAUUGAGAUCUUUAGGUCUACAACUACUUUCAAGUAUACGCUAUCCCUUAGAUCCACCUAGUAUACCACUCCCACUUGAAUGCCCAGAAUAUUGGACACCUUUAAUUGAUAAUGGCUGUCGUCUUGGCCAAUUAACUUUAGCAUUUCUAACUCGAUGCAUUCUGGAAAGUAAUGAUCGAUGUGAUUUAAUUGCAGGUUUAAUGUUUCUAGCUAAUCUAACUAAAGUUCGUGAGAAAAUGAAUUUAUCUAGUCUCCUUGUCGGUCUACCUCAUACUGUUUGGCCUAGACUUGCUCAGCUGUUGUGCUUACCAGAUUUGGCAGUUGUAUGUGCUACUUUGGAAGCGCUUCGUUGUUUAACUAAUCUAGAUGCGUCAAUGUGUUUAACGUGUUGGGAGUCUUGUUGUGUCAAUGUGAAUUCAUUCGAUCAAGAAAACAUUCCGUUUCUUUUACUUCAACCAUUGUUAGCAUUACUUACAUUGGAAGGUCAAGCGAUGGGUUCUCAAUCGCUUCAUCGUAUUCGACUUUUACCCCGCACUCCACAAGCUCACAAUGUUCAACCGCAACUUCCUCAUGGGCCCAGCCAACGAACUCCUGUUCAUAGUCAUCUAUCUCCCGGCAUGAAUGAACUGUAUCGAUCCAGGGAUGCAUCAGCAUACACUAAUGGGCAAAUGUACAGAUCGUAUUUACGCCCUAAACCUCCUGUGGUACAUCCAGUUCCUACUGAUUCCUUUGAUAAUAGUGAUAUUUCUAAUUGUACCAGUUCAUCCUUUCGUAAUUUAAAAUUUGAAUCUAGUUCACAUAUAAAACAGUCGACAAUGUCAUCACCAUCUUGUAUAUCACCAUAUCCAGUGUACAGGCCUCAAAGUGGAAGUACUGCUUGCUCUGGUCUUAUUAACCUGUUAUCUUCAGUGCCACCACCGCCACCGCCUUCUUCUCCUUCUUCAACAUCACCUAAUGUUAUUAACAUGCCAGUUAUGACUCCCAAUUCGCCUAAUUCCCCAAAACUAGUAGCUUCGCCUAGUUUAUCGGAAUUAACAGAUCGACUUCAAAUGCCACCGCCUUCGUUGCCACCACCAUCGGCAAUGCGUCGUUCCAUAAAACGAACUCAUUCACGGACGAUGGGUACUUUAAUUCCACCAUCUACUCAACCAAUAAUUGAUAAGGCCAAAAUGAUGAAUCUAUCACCUCCUUGCAAAACAUUACAUUACUCAUCAGGAAAUAUGCCUGUGGCGGCUGGUGAUCAACUUAGUCCAACAUCUUUGUCGUUGACAAAUUCGUGCAAUUCAAAAUCUUCCCCACCUCAAGGAGACUCACCUGCCUCACAGUUGUCGGCCAAUUCAAAAGAAAUUCCACAAAUUGAAAAACAUGUCAAUGAAAGUUGUUUAGAACGAUUUCCUGAUGAAUCUGUAAAUCAAACAAAUAAUUAUCGUAGCUUAUUAUUGCCACAUUUAAAGCCAAUUGUAAAUUAUGACAGUUGUAACAAGAAAACCAAUAAUAAUAAUAAUAACAAUAUUAAUAAUAAUAAUAAUACUAAUAAUAAUAAAGACGAAUCAGACAACAUUGAAGUUAAGCCAAUUGUUAAUGGUGAGAAAACUGUUAAUCCUGUCAACUUUAUCCAUGUAGAUAGUAGUGGUAAUGAAGUAAAAACUCCAGUUAAUCAUUAUCAUACGAAUGGCCUUCGAACUGGUAUUUUACAAGAAGCUGUACAAGCUAUACAAGAUAAAAAAUUGAAACAAAUUGAAAUGGAACAUUGCAAGCCAGUUGUCAAAUGUGUCAAUGGUGUGUUGGAGACAAAACGUGACCUGAUGAUCAUCAAUGCAAAAGAUAAUGCAAAUGUGGAUACUCACUCGAAUGAUGUUGUUAAUUCACCACCAAUGCGUUCUGAUGUUUGUUGUGACAAUUCAAUGAAAAAAUCCAAUCUAAGCAAUGGAUAUUUAACAGAUGAUAUUCAUGAAAAUGAAAAGAAUGACUGCAAUAACAACAACAUCAUCAACAACAACAACACCAAUUCACCAAGAAAUGAAACAAAUCCGUUGUGUAUUGCUUCCAGUGAGAAUGGUAACAUAAAUAAUAACAAAAAUAGUAAUAGUAGUGGUGAAUUGGACAAAAAUGCAAAUUUCCGGUAUCAUGCUAUGAUGCAUUCUUCGCAUAGAUUUUUGAAACGUCGACGAAAAUGGGGUUCAAAAAGACGUUUAUUCUCACCGAAGCGUCGACGUGAUCUAAUCGCCAAACGUCUGGAACGGUCAUCGAUUUUCCAUACUCCAUUAACACUCGAUCCUGUCCCUGGUUCUGUUCUAGAUCCUACAUGGAAGCACCCUACUGAGCCUGUGUUGGAUGAAUCCACAUUGAACACGAGUAGUACUACUACUACUACUAGUAGUAGUAGUAGUAGUACAGGUAAGGCGAUCGUGGAAUCCUCAAGUCAUGACAAAAAUGCAUCAAUUCCUGAUGAUCAUCUCAACAAGUUGGACAAGUCGUCUUGUGAUGAUGGUUCUGUGACUAGUGAAUCGUCGUCAGAACGCAAUUCAGAAUCUGACAAUAAUGUCAGUUCCACAUCUUCAGAGGAUCCAUCAACAAAAAUGGUAAAUGUAGAAAAGCCAAUAUUGUAUUUGUGUGAAUGGGAGUGUUGUACAGCUACAUUUGAAUUCAAACAUCAGGUUGCAUUUCAUGUCUACACUACACAUUUACCUAGUAAAGAAAGUUGGAAAGUAAAUGGAUCACAUCAUACAAAUCAUAAGAAUUCCAUUCAACUUGUACGUCGUUGUUGUCGUUGGCGAGGUUGUCAAUCAGCAUCAUUAGCUCGUGCACCAUAUGCUUUAAUGACUCAUGUACUUGAUAUGCAUUGUAGUCCAAAAGAAUUAGAAACAAGAAUAUCAAUGCAUGAAUGUAAUAGAAAUGUAGACUAUCGAAAUGAUGAACACUUUUCUGAUGAUGUUGUGAAUUCAUCGAUUGGUGGAGGUGGAGUAGGAGGAGGAGAUACAACAACACAUUCAGAGUAUCCUUUAGUUGGUGGUGAUCGUACAGGAUGGGGAAUUAUUCGUUCUGUUGAAGCGAAACAUACACAAACUGAAUUACUAGCUGCACAAUAUCAUUUUCUAUUGACAAAUCCUCAUUAUCAUCAAUCAAACAUGUCAUUAAAUCCACUAAUACAUCAUUCAAGCAUAAAUAAUCCACCACGUGAAGGACCAGUAACAAAACAUCUACGAGUAACUUCUGCACUGAUAUUAAAAAACUUUGCAAUACAUGUUGAUCAAGCAAGAAGAUGGUUACUUAAAGAAUCACAACUUUUAUCAGAAAUUGCAUUUGGUUGUACACCAAAUGAAACUGGUGGAUUGAAAACAAACAAUGCUAGUCAUAUUAUAGCUCAAUGUUUAUCGAUUUGCUCUGUGAAAUCCAAUUCUAUUCAAUGUGUUGUUUCAAGUCAAUCAACGCAACCUAAUACAAUAAUAAACAUUCCUUCCAUGUUUUCGUCGUCAUCCUCAUCAUCAUCUUCUCCACCUUCUCCUUCUCCUACUACUCAUAUUUCUUCACUUGCAAGUAGUAGUACUAUCCGCCAAUCGACAAUUGACUCGACAGUGUCACAUCAUCCAUCAUUAAAAGAAUCUAUGGUGGUUGAUUUAGAUUCUUCCGAAAACUUGUAAUUAAUUAAUUAAUUAAUGGGAAAUAAAUUUUAAACAAACACACCGACACAGACACACAAAACAAGGAAUCGGUAGUGCUUUUUUUUCUAAUUUAUAUUUACAUGCAUAUAUAUUGGAAUUUUCUUCAUUUAACAAAAAAAAUGCCUUUUAUAUUUUUCCAACAUUCUCUUAGUAUGUAUGUAUUCGUGGUGCUGGUGGUGAUGGUGGUUAUUUUUUAUUUUUUUUGACAGGCUCUAUAUGUGUAUUUCUUCUCUCUCUCUCUCUUGGUUAUUUUAUUCUUUUCCAGGUUUAGUUUCUUUUCAUUUAUUCUUUCAUAGUGUUACUAUGAUUAUUAUUAUUAUUAUGAUUAUUAUUGUUGUAUAAAAAAGGGAAUUACACAAAGUGUCACUGCUUCAUUCAAUCCGUUGUUGUUUUUUUUUAUGAAACAAACGCUUCAGGGUUUGUAGUAGGUGUAGUUGUUAUCUUCCGAGCUCUCUGUAUCUAUCUGUCCAGCUCAUUUUUGUACAGUUCUUAAUUCACAAAUUUCUCUUUCUCGAGCGCGCGCGCUCUCUCUCUAUCUCUCUAUGUGUGUGCGUUUGUGUGUGUGUGUGUGUAGUGGUGAUUCUUCAGUUUGUGGUUUUCUUCAAAAUCAACGUCGAUUCAUUCAUUGGUCGUGUUUAUUUGACAGUGAUUUUCUCGUUGGACGAUUCUGUUUAUAUAUAUAUAAUAUAGACAGACACAUUACAUAUUCACUGUUGUAUUUCUAUUAUUAUUAUUAUUAUUAUUAUUGUUAUUAUUACUAUGAUUACCGAAUUCCGUGUGCAGCUCAACUAACUUUUUCUCCUCUUACUUUCUUUUUUUUUUACUUCACACAUCAUGAAUCAAUUGAAAGAAUAACUCUGUCGCUUUCUUUGUCUUCUUCUGCUCCUUCUUCUUCACUUGCAUUGUCGUCGAUUGAAUUCAAACGCAAUUCUGUAUAUCUGCCACCGACACACACACACACACUAUUAAUUGUUAGCCCUAAUGCACUACUACUACUACUACUACUUGAACGCUUUCUAAUAUAUACACCAAUCAUACAUUUAUAUCUAUCUACAUAUAUAUAUAUAUAAAUCUUCAAUUAUCGUAUUUAUUAUUAUUAUUAUUACUAUUAAUGUACCUCGGUUCAAUCGAAGGCGGAAUCAAUUAUGAUGAGGACGCUGUAUACGUACGUACGUACGUGUGUGUAAACUAGUUAGUAGUAGUAGUGGUAGUAGUCUUUGACAGUGUUUUAUUUUUUUUUGUCGUUUUGAAUAUCAAAAAACUGAACUACUUUAUAUAAACAACUAUUAUAUUUUGUAAUUAAUUAUCUGAGUCACUUUUACAUUUGCACACAUACAUAUAUAUAUAUAUAUACAUAUUGUCUAAAGAAACCUCAAUUAUGUUGUACAGUUUCUCAACCAGAACCCCCCACCCCCCUCCUUGUUUUUUUCUCUUCCGUU